AAGCUUGAACUUACACGUUAGCAGCUAGCUAACUACACACGGCCUUUAUUCGACUCAAUUAUGGUCGUUUCUAUGGAGCAGGGACACUGUUCAUCGAUGCUCCUACGGACGUUUAACCCCUCCCUCACUGCGGCAGAGGUAACGGAGAAAGCUGAGCUACUGUAUAUAUCCACCAAAGGAGUUAGAAUGUACAAGCUGAGCAAGAAGGGUCAGAGUGUGGCAGAGGACAUGGAUCUGCCUCUGGUGGACAGCUGUCUAGUCUCCCACGACAACUGGAAGCUAAUCUGUGACGUGCAUGGAUACCACAGUGCCAGCAAGAUGCUCUCCUCCCGAGUGUGGUACGGUGGUAGUGAGUCUCACCUGUUCAACAAGCUGGAGAGUAUUGCCCUCUCUGACCACCCCUCUACCCCCGUACUGGCCGCCUCCCUCACAAGGGCACUCGAGAAACAACAUGUCGGAAAUCAGUUCCAGCCCAGUCGAGUGAACUGGGUAGUCCAGUCGUCAGCUGUCGACUACCUCCAUCUUCUUCUCGUCUCUUGUCAAUGGAUGUUUCGAUGCUUCGACAUCUCCGGCCGUUUUUGCAUCAGUAUCCAUGAUGAGGUACGCUAUCUAGUGAAGAGUGAGGACCGGUACAGAGCAGGCCUAGCUCUCCAGUACGCCAACCUGUACACCAGAGCUAUGUUCUCCCACAAGCUGGGCCUUCGAGACCUACCAAUGUCUGUGGCGUUCUUCAGUGGUGUGGAUGUGGACAGAGUACUUAGGAAGGAGGCCACCCUUGAUUGCAAGACGCCCUCCAACCCUAUCGGCAUGGAAAAAGGACACGGCAUCCCCAACGGUAACGACACAUCACGCAGCAAUCAUUAGUGAUGUGUGAGGUGCUGGAUAUCUAUCAACUGGUUAACAAGACAAACGGACAAUUAAGAAAAUAAUUUGUGUUUUAUUUUUGUGGUAUCAAUUCAAAGACUGUCACAUUGUUUCA